CGUCAUUUCCGGGGAGCCCAGCGGCGGCCACGGCAACAUGGCCCUGAACGGCGCUGAAGUCGACGACUUCUCCUGGGAACCCCCAACUGAGGCGGAGACGAAGGUGCUGCAGGCGCGACGGGAGCGGCAAGAUCGCAUCUCCCGGCUCAUGGGCGACUAUCUGCUGCGCGGUUACCGCAUGCUGGGCGAGACGUGCGCGGACUGCGGGACGAUCCUCCUCCAAGACAAACAGCGGAAAAUCUACUGCGUUGCUUGUCAAGAACUCGACUCAGACGUGGAUAAAGAUAAUCCCGCUCUGAAUGCCCAGGCUGCCCUCUCCCAAGCUCGGGAGCACCAGCUGGCCUCAGCCUCAGAGGUCCCCUUGGGCUCUCGACCUGCGCCCCAGCCCCCAGUACCUCGCCCGGAGCACUGUGAGGGAGCUGCAGCAGGGCUCAAGGCGGCCCAGGGACCACCCCCUCCUGCUGUGCCUCCAAAUGCAGAUGUCAUGGCCUGCACACAGACAGCCCUCUUGCAGAAGCUGACCUGGGCCUCUGCUGAACUGGGCGCUAGCACCUCCCUGGAGACUAGCAUCCAGCUGUGUGGCCUUAUCCGGGCGUGUGCGGAGGCCCUGCGCAGCUUGCAGCAGCUGCAGCACUGAUAGUAGCCCCUGAGAAAAACCCUCUAGAAAAACA